AUAGAAAUUUAUAUGCUGGAAACAAUGCUAACAAAUAGAAACUCUGAAAUCCUUAACAAUCAAAAAAACUACUACUAAAAAGUCCUUAAAAUGUAAACAAACUCUGACUGACAAAAAACAGCACAGGGCCCAUAUAAUGUCCAGUUAAACAAAGGUAAUUGCUGCUAGGGGCCUGCAAAUGCUGUCCCUUCUUAAGGGCAUGAGUUUGUCAACCUGCUUUUGUUUAUGUGUAAUAAAAUUCUACAUAGGCAAAGCCUUGAAUCUUAGUCCCAGAGCCUAGCACAAAAGUGACUUUAAAUUUCAAACUGGAAAAUGUUGCUUUCCUCAAUAAGAAAGGGUUACUCUCUUAAAAAGCUAUGAGUCAUGUGCUCCUGGCAAUAACAUCUCCUGAUACGAUUGUCUCUUAAAAUAGGUUAAGAAAUUGGACCAUUUCAUGAGAGUCUUCCAAGGAAUAAACCAUCAUAAAGUUGGAUACCUUGCAUGGAUGUGGAGUUGGAGGGGUGAUAGAACAGCUUAGUUUGUUAAAUCGACAUAGGUAAAAUUUCUUGGUCGAAGACUCAAAGAGAGAAAUUAAUUGAACCAUUUUUAAUUUUUUCUUUUGUAAUAAGGUUUUCUAGUAAGUCCUUCUGAAGUCUCUUUGGAAAACAUCUUAAAAGAGAAGGAGAAGGUGGUUUAGUAGCAUAAAUCAGCUGAAUCCUAAUUCCACCUACUGACCAGGACACCUUCCUUGUCUGUCAAAAGGUCUUGCUUUAUUAUUCAGUGGGGUUGGGACAGAAGGUGAGAUCUCACAGGGAAGACUGGGUGAAAGAGUGCUUGCUGCCAAGAACUGCUCUGUUAGCCUUAAGACAUUGUCACCUUAAUGAAGGUGUUUCACAUUACCCUGGUGGUCUGGAAGUAGACCCUCCUUCUAGCUUGUAGGUGGUAAUAGUCUCCCAUAAGACAGUGAUAGAUUCACCCUUUCCCCCAAACAUUACAAGCUGUAUAAUUUGGAAAAGAAAGGAAGAACUAGACUCCUAGUGUAUAUUUGAAAGACAAUCAAUCUUCAGAAAGCAAGCCUGACAUCACUUUUAUGACAGUUCUUUAAACCGCAAAAUGAGAUAGUGGAGGUUGUGUCUCCUAAAGGAAUUGGCAGUUAACAAGGCACUGAGGCUGCUUGCUGGGCUAUCACCACUGGUCUAUGCCCUUCAGUCUUUUUACUUUAACAUCAGACUCUCCUCUCCCUUGAACUUACUCUUCACCCUACCUUGAGUCCUGCACAGGACCAAGAUACAGGCACUGAGCCCCGUGAAAGUGGCCCCCAUGCCCUGAGUUUUGGAAGUGCCCAAGGAGCAUCACAACCAGAGAGGCUCCCAGGUCCCUGCAAGGCUGAGGGAAGGGAGUGACUGAAGAGAAGGGCAGUGAUGUGUUGCCUCUUGGAAAGUUCCUGCCUUGUGUCUGGGCUUUGCAGUGUAAAGAGUUGUUGGCUGCCUCUGGCCCCAGAGCCCUGGCUCCUGUUUAAUAUUCUGCCUGCUCCGUUGAUGUUGUGCUUGGCUCCUGUGGGACUGCAACUCACGGCUUGAAACUGGAGCCAAUUUUCUGUCUUCAUCUCUCAGUGUUUUGACUGGAGGCAGAUCCAGUUCAGGCCGAUCAGGGCUGGUGGAAACAACUACCAAGUGUCUCUCUGUCUGCUUUGCUUUGGGAGAAGAAAGUGGAGGAAGCCCCAGAAUGUUGUAGAGGAACUGGCCUGCGGAAAGGCGAGGAGGAGGGCUAGGGGCAGCAGAACAGACUGAGCCUCAGAGCAUCGGUUGGAAUUAUGGUGGAGAUUUCUCUCUCCCCUGCCCUUUUCUUUUGAUUGAUUAGUGGGUUUCAUCAAAAGAGAUUCCCAGGGGAUUGACUAGAAAAUUGAUUUUGCCUUACUAAUAGAAAGGAAGUGCAAGGAUUUGGGCUUCUUAGCGGUAUAUUUUCUGCGGGAAGGUCAGGAGGAAAAUGUGUUUAGGAGGCAAAGCAGCUGUCUGGAAGAGAGCUGAGGGGAAUCUGAGAACAAUAAGAAAUGGGGUUUUAAAGAUCCGCCCAUGAAAUGCAGAUUGCUGAACACAGAGGCUGAGCUAAUAGCAGCAGGAGAGUUUGCUGAGGUUUUCUUUGGAAAAAUAAUAAAAUGUUUCAGGGUGAAGGGGAGGGCCAUGAAGUAAAAGUUUCCCAAAGCAAAGGAAUGAAGAUGCCAAGGCCAUCCCCAGGCUUGCUCUUGAUUAGGGCUGUUUUCUCUUUUCUUUCUUUCUUUUUUUUUUUUUUUUUUUUUCUGUUUCCCCCAGAUCCGAGGCUGUCAGAGAUGACUCUGGUUCUGUCCAUGAAUAGAUUCUGCGAGCCCAUUGUCUCGGAAGGAGCUGCUGAAAUUGCCGGGUACCAAACACUAUGGGAGGCUGACAGCUACAGAGGCCCAAGCCCUCCAGGGCCAGCACAGACUCCUUUGCAGGGAGACCGGGGAGCUGGUCCCCCACUGGCAGGAUCACAUUACAGGGGAAUUUCAAAUCCUAUAACAACAUCCAAGAUCACAUACUUUAAGAGGAAGUAUGUGGAAGAAGAGGAUUUUCACCCACCACUCAGCAGCUGUAGCCAUAAAACCAUCUCAAUUUUUGAGGAACGAGCCCACAUCCUUUAUAUGUCUUUAGAGAAACUAAAGUUUAUCGAUGAUCCUGAGGUGUACCUCCGAAGAUCAGUCCUCAUAAACAAUUUGAUGAAAAGGAUCCAUGGGGAAAUUAUCAUGCAGAAUAACUGGUGCUUCCCGGCCUGCUCCUUCAAUGGCGCCUCUGCCCAAGAGUGGUUCAUGGCUCAAGACUGUCCUUAUCGAAAACGACCACGCAUGGCCAAAGAGGAGUGUGAGAAGUUUCAUGCCUGCUGCUUUUACCAAGAAUGUGGUGGCCACUACCUAAAUUUGCCCCUUUCUGCCAACGCUAAUGUCGGAAGUGCCUCCACCACCACCGCCUCCUCCUCUUCCUCUUGCUCCUCUUCCUCGCCCCCUCUGUCUUUACCGAGUUGUUCCCACCAGGUGGAUUUUGAUGUAGGCAGUGCACCUAUUUACAAGAGUGAUGGCCAGAUACCUGCCAAUGAAAUAUUUGUUACUAAUGUCAGAUCGCUUGGCGUUCAGGAAAAGUCCAGAUUAAAUGAUGAGAAAGCAAAUAACGAUACCAACAGAGAGGGUGCCCCCCUCAGCCAUGAACCUGUGGGAAAUGACCUUGCUUUUGAGUGCAAAGGCCAAUUUUAUGAUUAUUUUGAGACUGGAUAUGAUGAAAGAAACAAUACAAGCGAGUCUUGGAAAAAGUCCUUAAGGAAAAAGGAGACUUCACCAAGUAACAAACUGUGCUGCAGCAAAGGAAGCAAAAUAUAAGCCAUCUUUUCACCAAAACUUUGAAGCAUGCACAGCAUGAUCAAUUAGCUCUCAUAAAUUUUAUUUUGAAUGGAUUUUAUAGUUUUGUACAACUGAUAAAAUUAUGCCGUGAACAUGCCGUGUCAUUUUAAUGCCUGGAGAGCAGAUUGCAUAAAACAUCUGUAUAGUAGGCAUCAGUGAGCUACUUAUAAAUGUGAUUUUACCAAGAAAAGAGUUGACUGAAUGCUUAAAAGUAUAUCUUAGUUUUCUUACAGAAAAAAAUCAAUAGAUUAGAUUGGGGGACACUGUGCCCUUGUGAUACUUCCAUCCCCUUCAACCCCAGGAGUCUAUCACUAGCUAAGAAGUCUCAACAUGUCUGCCAAUUAAUUUGGUAGUUGUUGGAUAAGCAAAUCAGUAUAACCAGCAAAAAUGUCUGCUUAUCCUAUAGAAUACAGUAUUUUUUUUUUUAAGACCGAAGACAGGGAGCUAGAUGAAAUGGCUUCAUGGUACUUUCAAAUAUUUAUAUUUAAUAGUCUUUUGUGACCAAUGAAAAUAGGAUGUAACGUAAUGAAACACACCUGUCCAAGGGUGGCAAGGGUAUUCCCUGCAAGUUCCUGGCUUGCCUGUGAUGGGUGAUAAGGCUUUGAGAGAGGUAUUAUACAGGGCGAUUUUUGGUGCCUUACUUUAACUUAAUUUUUGCCAGUGUGAAAAUUAAGGAUAAAUCAGAGUUACAGCAGGGAUUUAAUAAACAGGAAAAAAAAAAAAACACAGGGUGGAUCAAUAUAGUUUGGAAACUGUUAACUUUGAACUAUUGUGUUCAACCUUUGAUUCGACAUCUCUAUUCUUUAUUUUUGAUGCCCAAUUGCUUUUGGAUUUGGCAUUUUUCGGUAGGGAUGGAGGAAACAAUACGGAACACUGUCAGAAACCAGCACUAGCUGCUUGAGCUUUUCUGUGGCAACGGUCUGUUGCUGGGAUUUGGGUUUUCUGGGUUUUGGGUUGUUUUGUUUGUUUUCUUGUCCAAUGAAGUUCAUGAACCAGUGGCAUGCAUUAUACUUUAAUCUGUUUUGCAUCAUUUCACUCGUUUAGAUUAUAAAAGCAUGUGGUUUUUUAUAAAUGACUUUGGCUGUUGAUUAAGAAGCACAAUGUUAAUAAAUGAUGUGGUGAUCAAUAAGGUUUAUCUUAAAGAACGUAAAGAUUUUCGUUUGGGGAAAGUUAUUUUGGAGAAAUGGGACUUAAUCUGUAAUAGCUGAUAUGUAUUUGGUCAAAGUUUUUCUCAACGAUAUCUUUAAUUUAUACAUUUGAAAAGAGUUCAGAGUGGCCCUCCUCACCAGCCUUCCUUCCACUCCAGCCAACUCCUCCUCCUAACCUAUAUUCAGAUUUCCAAGUUUACUAAUUGACUUGGACCUCCUUCAACAAUACUUCACAGGAACCAAAUGCCAAGUGGAGGAAAUAAGUAAGUCCUCCCAGUUUCUCCAAGAUAAAGCUUUUUUUAAUUAUUGCUAUUAAUAUUAAAUAUAGGUCUCAUUCAUACAGUGUAUGAGUAGGAUCAUUUGGACAGUUGUCCUCAAGGACCAAUUUUUAAAACAUGUUCUUGUGUUAAUAGCUAUAUAGUCUAGUAAUGUUUUGUCCUUUAUUUUCAAUAUUUGAUAAACAUUUGAUGUUGAAAACUUAGAUGAUAGAUGCUUGUAUAUGAAUGUGUUGUAAUAAAGUGAGGUUUUCUUGAUACAUAUUUAUUAAAAUGAUAAAAAUUCAUUAAGCUUUUU